AACUAUUGUUAUUGACAUGACUACUUGAACCCUAAACCCUGUCAAUUGAACAUCAAAUCAGCGACGUCAGUUCGACCGUCGUUCCGGGGCUGUGGCGUGAAGCAGAGGCCGGCAGGUAAGUCGACGAACCAACCAUGGAACUCUGCUUGGGAGAUGGCGGGGUAGAUAGCAACGCCCUCGUAUUGCCAGCCAAGAGAAGGAACAAAAGGAAGGGCACCAAUCAGGAGUGUGGAAAACCCAAUAAAAGAAGAAAAGCGCCAACGGUUAGCAAAUCCCAGCGGAGGAGGCUCAAGAAGUUGGAGGGGAGUGGAAAACCCAAUAAAUCAAAAGCACCAAUGGUUAGCAAAUCCCAGCAAAGGAAGCUGAAGAAGUUGGAGGAUGAGAAGGAAAAAGCCCUUUCAAUCUCCAAAAGCAUUGAGGCCUUAGAGAAAUAUGAGCUUCCAGAGGCUGCAUAUUCUCUUCUGCAGUCUUCAAAGAAUAUUGGCAAGGUUGAGUCUAAAAAGGAGAAACGUCAGAAGGCCGUACUAUUUUCCAAAGCUGGCUUUGAAGCUUUCAUGACUGACCCCCAACCAUUUAACAAGGUAGAUAGUGACCAAACUUCUAGUGAAAGUGAACCUGAGGUAGAAAAAACUCAAUCAAGGCGGGAUAUUGGCAAAAAUGACCUGGUGCAGUCGAAGAUAUUACAAAAAGAAAUCCAAAAGAAGACAUCUUUUUCAUUGGACUCAUCUCAGGGUCAAGUUUGUGGCAGAGGGCAAGGCGUCAAUGGCGGAACUGCUGCUGCCUCAUCAGUUAUUACAAAUGCUAUUAGCAACAAACUUGAAAUGUCUUUGCAACAAGAUACAAACAUUUCUCCCACUUCAUGUGUGAAUGGUGAUAAUGAAAUAUCAAAGACGGACCACAUAAAAGAGACACCAAAAGCAAAUGUCAGCAGGGUGAGUAAAUCAUCAAUUUCUCCUGCACUGAGGCCUCUAAUUUCCCCAACCAUAGUCCAUGUAUCAAGACCUGAGGAAGUUGAAAACACAAGGAAGGAUCUCCCUAUAAUAAUGAUGGAGCAGGAGGUAAUGGAGGCUGUUAAUGACCAUUCCACUGUUAUUAUAUGUGGAGAGACUGGUUGUGGUAAAACCACCCAAGUUCCUCAGUUUCUUUUUGAAGCUGGCUUUGGUUCUAGCUCCUCUUCUGUACGAAGUGGUAUAAUUGGUGUUACUCAACCUCGCCGUGUGGCAGUCCUUGCUACUGCUAAGCGUGUGGCAUAUGAGCUUGGUCUUCAUUUAGGUAAAGAGGUUGGGUUUCAAGUUAGGUAUGACAAAAGGAUUGGUGAAAGUUGCUCCAUCAAAUUCAUGACAGAUGGAAUAUUACUACGGGAACUUCAGAAUGACUUUUUGUUGAAGCGAUACUCUGUCAUAGUUCUUGAUGAGGCUCAUGAGCGGAGCUUGAACACCGACAUACUUAUUGGAAUGCUUUCACGUGUAAUUCGUACUCGCGAGGAAAGAUAUGCAGAGCAGCAAAAAGAAAUGCUUUCAGGAAGAACUAUAAGUCCUGAUCAACGGAUUUUUCCAUUGAAACUUGUUCUGAUGAGUGCCACCUUGCGAGUGGAAGACUUCAUUUCUGGUAAAAAGCUUUUUCAUGAUCCCCCACCAGUUAUAGAAGUUCCCACCAGACAGUUUCCUGUAUCCAUUCACUUCUCAAAGAGAACUAAGGAAAAGGAUUAUAUUGAGCAAGCAUAUAAAAAAGUCUUGGCAAUUCACAAGAGGCUGCCACGUGGGGGCAUACUUGUCUUUGUCACUGGGCAGAGGGAAGUAGAGUACUUGUGCCAAAAACUGCGUAGAGCUUCAAAGGCACAGAUUAUAAAAACAUCUAAAGGAGAUAACAGGAGUGAUGCCAGUGCAGUUUCUGAGAUAAAUUCUGCUGAGGAAAUAGACAUGAAGGAGAUUAAUGAAGCGUUUGAGAUUCAUGGAAGUUCAGAGGGCCAUCAGACUGAUAGAUUUAGCUCUAUUGAUGAAGAUCAGUAUGAUAUAGACGAGGAUGAGUUGGAUGCCUCAUAUGAUUCAGAAACAGGGAGUGAACUGGAAAGUUUUGGCGAGGAUGGUGAUUCAUUGUUCCAUGAUAUCCCUGAAAAUGAUAGUAAUGUUUCUGAAGUUUUAGGAGAGGAGGGGGGAAUUGCGUCACUGAAAGCCGCUUUUGAAGCUUUAGCUGGAAAAACUUCUUUAAACUCCAACUCUGAUGUGAAAGAACCUAUUUCAGAUACUGUAGACUCUUGCUACAACCCACCCAAUCCUAGCAUGGGGAAAAAGUGUCGGUUUGAAGAUAAUAAUUCUCCUGGUGCAUUGCAUGUUCUCCCUCUUUAUGCAAUGCUGCCUGCGGCAGCUCAACUUCAUGUAUUUGAAGAAGUCAAGGAAGGAGAACGUCUUGUUGUUGUGGCCACUAAUGUGGCUGAAACCUCUUUAACUAUACCUGGGAUAAAGUAUGUUGUCGAUACUGGAAAAGAGAAAGUGAAGAACUACAAUUCCUCAAGUGGCAUGGAAACAUAUGAAGUACAGUGGAUAAGUAAGGCAUCAGCUUCUCAACGUGCAGGAAGAGCGGGAAGAACGGGGCCUGGCCACUGUUACCGUCUUUAUUCUUCUGCAGCAUAUAGUAACAUAUUUCCUGACUUUUCUCUGGCUGAAAUAUCUAAGGUCCCUGUGGAUGGUGUUGUCCUUCUCAUGAAAUCCAUGAAUAUUGACAAGGUAUCCAAUUUUCCAUUUCCAACUCCUCCAGAUGGUGCUGCCUUGGAUGAAGCAGAGCGUUGCUUGAAGAUUCUUCAAGCACUUGACAAAGGUGGAAGACUGACACCUCUAGGGAGGGCCAUGGCUCAUUACCCCAUGAGUCCUCGCCACUCUAGGAUGCUCCUUACUGUUAUUCAAGUCCUGAGUAAGAAGAAGAGUUCCGGAGCUAAUUUAGUACUAGCAUACGCAGUUGCAGCAGCUGCUGCUUUGAGUUUGUCAAAUCCUUUUGUCAGGCAGUUUGAAGAUAGCCACAAAGAAAGCCAUGAAUUAAACGAGGAUGGGAACAUUAAAGUUAUAGACAAGCUAGAGAAGUUGGGGAGGAAGAAACUAAAAGAAACUGUGAAAAUGUUCCGUGAAAAAUUUUCUAAUCCCAGCAGCGAUGCUCUGUCCGUAGCUUUUGCUUUGCAGUGCUAUGAACUUGCAGAGAGCCCAGUGGAAUUCUGUAAUGCCAAUGGUCUACACCCGAAAACAAUGGAGGAAAUGUCCAAGCUGAGAAAGCAACUACUCCAGCUUGUCUUUAAUCAAAGUGGUGUUUGUGGUGGCGAGAAUGACUUUUCAUGGACUUUUGGAAGUCGGGAAGAUGUUGAACAUGUUUGGAGGGUUUCCCACGGUAAGAACCCUCUUUCAUUGUAUGAGGAAGAGCUCCUACGCCAAGCUAUCUGUGCUGGUUGGGCAGAUAGGGUGGCGAAACGCAUUAGAGGAAGUUCAGUGUCAUCUGAAGGAGAUAGAAAAGUUCAUGCAGUUCGAUAUCAAGCCUGCAUGCUUAAAGAGAGAGUGUUUCUCCACCGUUGGUCAUCUGUUUCUAAUUCAGCCCCUGAGUUUCUGGUAUACAGUGAGUUGAUACAGACAAGACGUCCUUACAUGCACGGUGUUACUAGUGUAAAAACAGAAUGGCUUGUUGAGUAUGCUCGGUCUCUGUGCACUUUCUCGGCACCCCCAACAGAUACCAAACCUUACUAUGAGCCUCUUAAUGACCGAGUAUUACAUUAUGUCGUUCCAGCCUUUGGUCCUCAUUUGUGGGAGCUUCCACUACAUGCUGAUCCAAUUGAAGACCAUAAAGACCGAGUAUCUGUUUUUGCUUAUGGUUUGCUGAACGGCCAGGUGCUGCCAUGUUUAAGAUGUGUUGUCGAGUCUAUGGCGGCCCCUCCUGCUACUGUUUUAAGGCCAGAGGCAGCAGGUCAAGCACGCGUAGGGAAUCUUUUGGCCAAGCUGAGAGUGAAAAAGAUAGACAGUUGUGCUAUGUUAAGAAAGGUCUGGAAGGAGAAUCCCAGCGAAUUGAAAACAGAAAUGCUAGACUGGUUUCAAGAGAGUUUCCGCCGCAAGUAUUUUGAAACUCUUUGGUCGCAAAUGCACGUUGAAGUUCUUUUAGAGCCCCAAGAACGAUUCCCCAAGACAUGGAGGAGAGGAGAGCAAAAGUGAACAAAUAGAAGUGCUGGUGAUUUAACUGGAACACCCCUGGUGAUUUACUGGCGUACUUGUUGAGGUUUUCUAUUACUGGCUUUCAGGCACUCGCUCAGGCACGUACGGAAUGCAUUUUUUAAAUUACGGCGUACUACACACGACUUAUAAGUUUUAAAUGUAUUUAUAUGCGUGAAUUGACAAAAAAGAAAGUCAACUAUUUGAAGUAAAUGAAGAGUCUUAGAUCAUGCUAGAAAAAAUCUCUGUCAAACCAAUCAAAGUAGUAGCUGAAUUCAUAUAAUAAAAUUGGUCUUUCAAUUUCCAUCUUCA